AAUCUCCAUUGAAUUUGAGUAGAAGCUUAAAGAUCGAAGCUUGAAAAAGCCUCGAGUAAAAAUGGUCCCUUCCAAUGGCGCAAAGGUUCUUCGCUUGUUGACUCGUCGAUGUCUCUCUUCAUCGCUUCUUCAAGAUUUGGGCAAUCAGAAACUGAGAGGAGUAUGUAUUGGGAGUUAUAGGAGAUUGAAUACAGGUGUUGGCAAUCAUGCCAAGGUUCUUGGAGAUUACGCUUCAAAAUCUGGACAUGAUCGGAAAUGGAUCAACUUUGGAGGUUUUAAUACUAAUUUUGGUUCAACUAGGUCAUUUCAUGGAACAGGUUCGUCGUUUAUGUCUGCUAAGGACUACUAUAGUAUUCUUGGAGUGAGUAAGAAUGCACCAGAAGGUGAAAUCAAGAAGGCUUAUUAUGGGCUUGCUAAGAAACUCCAUCCUGAUAUGAAUAAAGAUGACCCAGAAGCUGAGAAGAAGUUCCAGGAGGUCUCAAAAGCAUAUGAAAUUUUGAAAGAUAAGGAGAAGCGUGACCUUUAUGACCAGGUCGGACAUGAAGCAUUUGAGCAAAAUGCUAGUGGUGGGUUUCCAAAUGAUCAAGGCUUCGGUGGUGGUGGUGGUGGGUUUAACCCAUUUGAUAUCUUUGGGAGCUUCAAUAGCGAUAUUUUUAACAUGUACCGGCAAGAUAUUGGAGGUCAAGAUGUCAAGGUUAUGCUUGAUCUUUCUUUCAUGGAAGCUGUUCAAGGAUGCUCCAAAACUGUGACUUUUCAAACCGAGGUGGCUUGUAAUACUUGUGGUGGACAGGGUGUUCCUCCUGGUACCAAACGAGAGAAAUGCAAAGCCUGUAAUGGCUCUGGGAUGACAUCAAUGAGAAGGGGUAUGUUAAGCAUCCAAACGACUUGCCAGAAGUGUGGUGGAGCUGGUCAAACGUUCUCAAGUAUUUGCAAAUCCUGUAGAGGGGCUAGAGUUGUUCGGGGACAAAAGUCAGUGAAAGUCAAUAUCGAUCCAGGGGUUGACAAUAGUGAUAUAUUAAAGGUGGCAAGGGUGGGUGGGGCUGAUCCUGAAGGUGACCAGCCUGGAGAUCUUUAUGUUACUCUCAAGGUUCGUGAAGAUCCUGUGUUCCGCAGAGAAGGAUCAGAUAUUCAUGUGGAUGCGGUUCUCAGUGUUACCCAGGCCAUUCUUGGAGGAACCAUUCAAGUUCCAACACUCACCGGCGAUGUUGUCGUGAAGGUCCGUCCUGGAACCCAACCUGGUCACAAAGUAGUGCUAAGGAAUAAAGGUAUUAGAGCAAGAAAGUCGACUAGAUUUGGGGAUCAAUAUGUGCAUUUCAACGUCAGCAUCCCUGCAAAUAUAACGCAGAGACAGCGUGAACUGCUUGAGGAAUUUAGUAAAGCAGAACAAGGUGAAUACGAGCAGCGCACAGCAUCUGGAUCUUCCCAGUGAAAACUACAAAUGCUGCUAUAAAAAGCUAUUGUUGUG